AUGGCCGCCACCGACGACGAAUGGUAUUAUGAACGUCGACGGAUCCCGAUCACCAAAGGCUGGGGACCUUGUAAGAAGACUCAUUGGGUGCCUGUCAAUGAAUACUAUACCGGUCGCAACCCACGAACCGUUCGAACGUUCCUGAGAGCAGUUGGCCUGAACCCGGAAGCCACUUUCGAGACUCGUGCGGCUCCAACGCAAGUAGUAUUGCUCGACAAUGACGACCAUGCUCCAUUGCGGUAUGACGGAUUUCGAGAACGGGAGAUAGAAGCUGGACCAUGGCGGUACUAUCCUGCAGGGGGCCGGCCACCGAGACGAGGGGAAGAUCUUGACCCGACGAUAGCGCAGGACCUACGCGAGCUCGAGGAGAUGAGGCAAAAGCGACAUAGGGACAAUAUCGACCGCAUCAACCAACAAAUGGACGAGAUCAAUAAUCGGCUGGCAAAUAAUCUGCGCGAAUUCAGUGACGCCUUGCAAGGUCCAGGGCCAGAAAGGGAGCUGCGAGAAGCGCGAAAUGAGGUCGACAGACUCCGCGAGAUUGAAGAAUUGAGAAUGCGUGAUGAUCGGGACAGGGAGCUUGAGCACAUACGACUGCAAAGGCUAGAGACACUAGAACGAGCGGAAGACUUGCGUCGGCGGGUGGUAGAGGAGGAGCGACGGCGUGAAAGAAGGCACCACAGGCAUCCGUGGCAUCGCAGAUCGAGAUGGUACUGA